AUGGCUGCCAGGGCAAAGACCAAGAAGACCACAAAAAAGCGAGCUCACCGAGCUACAUCGAACGUGUUCGCUAUGUUCGAUCAGAACCAAAUUCAAGAAUUCAAGGAGGCGUUUAACAUGAUAGAUCAAAACCACGAUGGUUUCGUUGAUAAAGAAGACCUGCAUGACAUGCUGGCUUCCUUGGGUAAAGACCCAACUGAUGAUUACCUGGAGGAAAUGAUAAAGAUGUCUCCCGGACCGAUCAACUUCACAAUGUUUCUAACAUUGUUUGGCGAGAAAUUGAACGGGACAGAUCCCGAAGAUGUAAUCAACAAUGCGUUUGCCUGUUUUGACGAAGGAGGGAACGGUAAAAUACAUGAAGAUUUUCUUAAAGAGGCUCUAGUUACGAUGGGAGAUAGAUUCACUGAAGAUCAAGUUGAUGAUGUCCUUCGUGACGCGCCUAUUGACAAAGAUGGCUACUUAGAUUACAACCAAUUCACUCAUAUUUUGAAGCAUGGGAAAAAGGAGGACGACUAGGGUAACGAUGAGAACUAUAGUUGUCUUCGCUUAGCUCUGAAAAGUCUUUUCCUACCUUAGAUUUAAAAUGGACCUGAAAUUAGUCUUCAUAAAGUGUAUAAUCUUGAUUUUGCUGGGUGUUUAGCACACAUUUGACAGAUCAUUGUCAUCAUCAUCAUCAUCAUCAUCUAAUGAUCAAUGGUGAUCUAGAUAUAAGCCUGUAAAGCAUCACAUAUGUAAUGCAGUUUUAUAUCAUCUUUAAUUUACCUCAAAAACCAUUUAGGUAAACAAAGAAGUCAAAGUUAUAUUUUACUAUAAUUUCUCUUCAUACACGCUAUACUAUUUUUUCGAAAAAAAGAACCAAUAUUGGGGGUGUGUCUUACAUGCAGGCACCGGCAUUUUGACUUCUCUUUUACCCUUUAAACCCUAGGAGUGGUCAGAAUGAAACUCCUCCUUGUAGUAUAAUUAUAUAACAGAUUGGUGAUGAGCAUUAAAGACAUGAUCACACAAGAUGAAUUCAAUAAUUGAUACUUUCACAACUUCCACCCACUACUUCUGUGGGAAAUGCAUACAGACAACAAUGAGAAUUUGAAAUUUUGAUAUUUGGGUUUAAAGGGUUAACAUCCAUAAUUAUUCAUAUAGGAAUUAUGCAAACACUUAGGGUGGAAAGGAAAUGAAACAGAUCUGACUGAAAUUUACUUGAUAAAUUAUUGUGUCUCAUUGGAGUAAUUUGGUAUAUGUCACAGUAAAUUGAUACCUUAUGAUUGUCCAUAGGAAUUACUUACCUCAUUAUCUCAUUUUUAAGAGCUAAGUAUAGUUGUUUGAUCAUCUUGAACACACUAAGUGAACCUAACUUGAGCAUCCCCAUGCUUUCAUAUGUGAGUCCCACCUUAACACUUCAUUAAUUACUGCUGUUUAUGGGUUUGUCUGUACCAUGAAUUUCAGUCAUCUCUGCAAGUCUGAAACUCCCUUUGAGUCAAGCAAAUGGCUGAAAUUAAGGCUGAAUUUGUCUUGUCAUUUUCACUAAAUUUUAUAAAUCUGAAGCUGUUUGUAAUUAAUGUGGAGGGUUAAUUAGUAUUUAAAUCAUACUUUGGCAUUGCAUCUUGGUGGUUAUUAAUUAAAGAUUUUCUGGUUAUUAAGGGUUUAUCAUCAUUGUCAUUUGUUUUGUAUUGCUGUCUCAAGAAAAUCCGUGUAUGGUGUUUUUUGUUGACUGAUUUCUUUAAAUUAGUUAGAAUUUAUCAUGGUGCCAUGUUAUACCAUCAAAAGAGCAUUUUUGCCUUGUAAGAAAACUAACGAAAUUAUUUACUCACUGCUUGCUUGCAGGCUAUCACCUCAAUCAGGGAAGGGAGCUGAAGUCUUUUAUGAGUCAAGUAACUGCUUAAUGAACAUUCUCUCUGACUCCAAACAGGGGAUGGGUGCUUUGAUUAAAUUAUAGAAGUGUGACUGUUCCUCUUUUAAAAUGAUUGAUACAUUGAUACCAAUAACCCCUGCUUUGUUUAGGGUCAAUAAGUUUUCUAUUGUUUGCAAGUUUUUAGGAAACUUGCCUGAAGAAUAAUCAUCAUUUGACAUGACUGUACUAGCUUUUAACAUUUAUAAGAAAGGAAAAUCGGUAUUCUAUCCUUUUUUUUAACCAGAAGAGCAUUUCAGUUUUUUUGACUGGGUGGUUGAACCGGAUGUAGACUGGGCGAGGUUUGCAAACCUAAACUUCCGGUGUCUUCGCUGACGUAAGCACUAGGAAGCCUGGACACGAUAACAAUAUUAGAGGUCGUGUUUCAAAUUCAUUUAAAUUUUUGUUAGGGAGCAGCACACAAGGUUUUUUUCUGGUUUCUAUUUUCCCUUUGCUGUUAACUGGAUCGUGAUUCCCCGAGCCACAUCAUAAGAUGGCUUCAAGAAAAACGAAGAAGUCGAGUAAAAAGAGGGCUCACAGAGCCACCUCGAACGUUUUUGCUAUGUUCGAUCAGAACCAAAUUCAGGAAUUCAAAGAGGCCUUCAACAUGAUCGAUCAAAAUAGCGACGGUUUCGUUGAUAAAGAAGACCUGCAUGACAUGCUGGCUUCCUUGGGUAAAGACCCAACUGAUGAUUACUUGGAGGAAAUGGUGAAGAUGUCCCCUGGACCGAUCAACUUCACAAUGUUUCUGACAUUGUUUGGCGAGAAAUUGAACGGGACAGAUCCUGAAGAUGUAAUCAACAAUGCGUUUGCCUGUUUUGACGAAGAUGGCAACGGUAAAAUACAUGAAGAUUUUCUUAAAGAGGCUCUAGUUACGAUGGGAGAUAGAUUCACUGAAGAUCAAGUUGAUGAUGUGCUUCGCGACGCGCCGAUCGACAAAGAUGGCUACCUGGAUUACAACCAAUUUACUCAUAUUUUGAAGCAUGGCAAAAAGGACGACGAUUAG